AUGAACUCUGCAGCGCCUGUGAGACGAACACCAAACUCGCCGUCGCAAUCUCAGUCCCUUCCAGAAGAGAGCGCCAGCUACGACGACUUGCCGCCACCGCCAUACGUCCCUCUGGCGUACUGCAUCCCGGUGCCCACCAGCCCCGACGUUAUACACAUGGGACAUCGCGAUGGACGCAGAUCACCCGACAGGUUAUCUAAGAAGAGAGGAAGCGCUUUUCUGAAGCAGUCUCCAGGACCACCUGGCGUCAUGCUGCCGCCAGCUUAUGUUGCAAACUUUGGCGCUGUGCAGCCUUACCAGCACCAGACCUUGAGCAAGGAGUUAGACGUCAUGACAACCCGCCGUAUCAACCAGGUCCUCGCUGAGCUGACUGGGCGCCCUAUACGCACAGACGAAGUUAGCCCGCGAGAUAACACUGCAGGGUGGUGUCGAUCUGCUUUCCUACUGGCAACAGUAAUAGUAGCAAUGGCUAUGGGAUCGCUGGUCUCCUACUACGUCGUUCGCAAUGGGGUAAUAGAUUCGGACAUUAAGAUAGGUAACUCCUCCAAUGUGAUUCACUUGAGAGGUGACCUCGGAGUUAUUACGGUGUCGGAGCACGAGAGUGGAAACCGGACGACGACGACAUCAACAAAGGCAAGUCGCGUGUUUUACCUGAAUCCGACGCAGGAAGAAGACACGUUAAGUUUCACUGCAAAGUCUUUGGUUAAAAAAGCGCGAUGCCGAUCUGAACUCUGUCGAUACGAAACGCAAAGACUGAAAAGCAGCCUGAACUGGACCAUUUCGCCCUGCAAGGACUUUUACGACUUUGUUUGCGCAUCCUGGAAGACUUGCAAGAGUGCAGUGUUGUCUCAAGACUCUGCUUAUGUUGAAGAGAUACAGAACACUCUCAAAAGAGGCUUGAUUCAGAAGGAGCUUGAAAGUGAUAACCGCUCGGCUAUCGCACACGCAAGAGAACUGUUCAGCUUAUGCGUCAAGAACACAUCGUCAGAUCCUAAACUGGAGUGGAAGGAACUGACGACGCUGUUGGAAACCGUAGGACUGGAGAACUGGCCCUACAGGAAUGACACCCUUAGUCGGGCUGAUUUCUGGCGCACAAACGCCAUGCUGUACAGACACUUGGACCUAUCCGCUUUGGUAUCGGUGACGGUGGAAAGAGACCCCGACAACGACACCAACUCCAUCAUUGCCCUGGACGAGCCGGACCUCCUGAUAGGUUUGUUCGGAACCAAGGAAGCCUACCUGCCCAACUGGUACGGCGACGUAGUCAGAGUCACCAUGAAGCUGUUCGCUCCGCAAAAGUACCUCGCGCAUGCUCAAAGCGUGCUUGAGUUCUCCGAGAAGCUGUCCGAGAUCACCAGUUCGAGAGGAGAACGAAAUUAUGCGGAGGAAGCGAAGAUCUCAACGAUUCAGCACUUCCAUUCGUACGCUCAGUUUUUGGGCUUCAUAUUCGACGAAAUAGCACCAGUCACGGAGCGUACCCGUAUCCUGGUUAAGAACGUUCGUUACCUGAAAGCCCUGAAGAGCUUGCUUCACGUCACGCAGAACUGCGUCGUCCUCAACUACCUGGGCUUUAGGGCUGUGUUGCACAUCUCACCUUUACUCCUGCAGGAGGGUUUUUCUGACCUGGCCGCGGUUCGUAUGCGGCAGCUAACAGGUGUUGAGGAUCACAAAUGGCCGCGAUGGCAGACCUGUCUCCGAGUUAUAGAUUCUGUUCUGCCGACUGUGUAUCUCCAGUACUACCGUAAGGUGGUGGAAAAGAAAGUGAACACAGAGAAGGUGAUAGCCUUGUUAAACGACAUGAAAAGUAGCCUACUGCUAGGCAUAAACGAUCUGACGUGGAUGUCUCGAGAGAGCAAGGUGCUGUCCAAGAACGUCUUGUCCGAACUCAAGUUGGAGGCAUUCUUUCCAUCUUGGUUCACUGACAAAGAUCAUCAGGUAUACCCCAGUUUGGCCGAGACAAAUAUGCUGGAAGUAUACAGGACACACGCUCAAAGGAUCGCGGAAGGACAUCUGCUAAAGGUGUCAGCAAAUGAUCCAGGACGGCAUCCUGAGUGGAGAGGGACCAUCUUUGACACCCACCCUACUUUUGACUACGAAACCAGGACAGUAUUCGUCCCUGUGGGCAUCUUCAACUUCAGUUACCCAAACACGGACGCAGCUUUGCUGAUCCAAAUUCCGAGAAUUGCCACCAGGGUCCUUGCAGCCAUGAUAGCCAGUUUGCACCGAAAUUUCUAUCCUCUGCCGCAAGAACUUUGGCUCCUGAACACGGCGGCGUCCAUCAAGGAGAAGCAGACUUGUCUCGCAGCGCAGUACCACUUGAUAUCGAACUCGAUGCAUGACGCAAAGGUUAACUCUGCUGUGACCACAUCGUACGACUUUUUGGACAACGCCGCGUUAGAGCCUGCAAUGAAACAGUUCUUGAAAUACGCGAAGGAGAGCGGUAUUGAUAUUCCGAAGGAAGUGACCACGUUGCCUCUGAACGCAGAGCAGUUGUUUCACGCUUUAUUCGCGCUCGAAAUGUGCGAAAAAGGUGGUGCAGAGCAGUUAAGGAGAGAGCUGACGGAGGACGCGUUUACACAGCCCAAGUUGAGGGUGAACGUUCCGCUUCGUAAUAAUGAGGCGUUCGCACGAGCGUGGCGUUGCGGUCAGAACGAUUCCAUGGUCGCAGCCGAAAGGUGCAAGUUAUGGGCGUGA